UCCAUUCAUUCGUAUUUCUAAUUUGUUUUGUUAUUUUAUUGUUUUUUGAACUCCGACCCUCGUUUUUCUCUCUUGCAACCUCCAUCAGCAUUUUCUACGUUACAGCGGUGAUUUUGGGGCUUUCGAUCUUUGCGGGUUGGCUUUUCCUGUGUGUCUCUUUCUCUAUUUCGCUUGCUUCUUGAGAUAGAGAAAACCGGGGCAUUAUUUUUCCUUUUCGAACUUUGUUCAAGCUUCGAACACCUUCGUGCUGCUAGGGUUUUCUAAUCUUCAAAGCUGUUUUGUAUUCUUUCUGUUCUUCUACCGUUGGGCAGAUUUUCUGCUUCCCUUUCUGGUUUGACAAAUCUUGGAAGUUUCUGUUACGAUAUAUUUUUUUGUGAAAAUUUAGGCCUUCAAAAUGUUUUGGCGCAUGACCGCUCUUUCGGCCUCUUCUCCUGUGGAGUCAGUUUUAGACAAGGAAAACUUCACUUUGGAAGAGCUGCUCGAUGAGGAAGAAGUAAUCCAAGAAUGCAAAGCUUUAAAUAGUCGUCUCAUAAACUUUCUGCGAGAUAGAGCUCAGGUGGAGCAGUUGCUGCACUAUAUUGUGGAAGAAGUUCCAGAGGAUGCUGAAAGCAAGCGUGCUUUCAAGUUUCCCUUCAUUGCCUGUGAGAUAUUUACUUGUGAGAUAGAUGUCAUUCUCAAGACCUUGGUAGAGGAAGAGGAGCUAAUGAACUUACUUUUCUCCUUCUUGGAGCCAAAUCGUCCUCAUAGCACCCUGCUGGCGGGGUAUUUCAGCAAGGUUGUUGUGUGUCUCAUGGUGCGGAAGACUGUUCCACUUAUGAGUUAUGUACAAGCCCAUCAGGAUGUUUUCCGUCGGUUGGUUGAUUUGAUAGGAAUCACAUCUAUCAUGGAGGUUUUGGUUCGACUUGUUGGUGCUGAUGACCACGUGUAUCCCAAUUUUAUGGAUGUGAUGCAAUGGUUAGCUGAUAGCUGUUUGCUAGAAAUGAUCGUGGAUAAACUGAGUCCAUAUAGUCCUCCUGAAGUUCAUGCUAAUGCAGCAGAAACACUUUGUGCUAUCACUUGGAAUGCUUCAUCAGCUUUAGCUACUAAACUUUUAAGCCCAAGUUUUGUUGCAAGAAUAUUUGGUCAUGCACUGGAAGAUUCGCAGUCAAAAUCUGGCCUUAUUCACUCACUGUCUGUGUGUAUCUCUUUGUUGAGUCCCAAAAGAUCAGCUUCACCUCUAAUUAGUUCUUUCAGAAAUCAACAUUUAUAUGAACCGCCUGUUCCUGUUAGUCAUGAGACUGUCGGUGCUAUGCUUCCAAAACUGGGAGACUUGCUUAUGCUUUUGGAUGUGUCCUUGGAUGAGAAAAUUUUGCAAACAACGUACGGGGAACUAAGACCUCCUCUUGGGAAACAUCGUUUAAAGAUUGUGGAGUUCAUCGCAGUUUUAUUGAGGACGGGCAAUGAAGUUGCUGAGAAAGAGUUGGUUAACUCUGGUGCUAUCCGAAGAGUUUUAGAUCUAUUUUUUGAGUACCCGUUCAAUAACUCACUGCAUCAUUAUGUUGAGAGCAUCAUAUCGUCGUGCUUGGAGAGCAAGAAUAUCACUGUAAUUGAUCAUCUCUUCAGAGAUUGUAAUUUGAUUGAAAAAUUUCUCCAAGCAGAUAGACUUCCCAUUCUUUCUGGUGAUUCAAACAAGCCAACAUUAGCUGCUGCUGGAAAACGGGUGCCUCGAGCGGGCAAUCUUGGGCAUCUUACACGUAUCUCAAACAAGCUCAUUCAGCUGGGACAAGUCAACAGUCAUGUUCACGCGUAUCUGCAGGAGAACUGUGAAUGGAUUGAAUGGCAAGGUACCAUUCUCCAGGAGCGUAAUAAUGUGGAAAAUGUCUACAGAUGGGCUUGUGGCCGUCCGACUACGCUGCAGGAGAAGGCACGGGAUAGUGAUGAUGAACUUAAUGAUAGAGAUUAUGAUGUUACAGCACUAGCAAAUAAUCUAAGUCAGGCAUUUAGAUACAGCAUGUUUGAACAUGAGGAUACUGAGGAGGUUAAUGGAUCCCUUGAGCGAGAUGAUGAGGAUGUUUACUUCGAUGAUGAUUCUGCUGAAGUGGUGAUUUCAUCAUUGAGGCUAGGUGAUGAUCAGGGGAGCAGCUUGUUCACAAAUUCCAACUGGUUUGCUUUCCAAGAAGACAGAGUUGGUAAUGAGCCUCUGAGCACCUCGCUCUCUGGGACAAUGGAUGAGAUUAAUUUGAAUGGGCCUGCAAAUGGUGGCAGUAGCAGCAGUGAUGAUGAAGUGGUUGUUGGGGAGGACGAGGAGUUUGUUAAUGGCAUGGCUUCAGGCAACGGGGCAUCCAGCUCUAGCUCCAAUUUCCUGAAUGGAUGUACAGGAAGUGAUCCUGCAAAUAAAGGAGAUGCGAACCCUCGCGAUGAAAAAGCAAGUGCUUCAGGUGAUCUGGAUUUCUUCCAGUAUGCUACUGCAGACAACAAUCCAUUUCAUGAUAGAUCUUUGCCUGAUUGGGUGGGAUGGCAAGAGUCUGCAGAUUUGCAGAUUGAUGGAUCUAGUAGAAAUCCUUUUAGUGACUCUUACGUUUCAGAAGUUGAUCUUUCCAGCCCCACUGGGCCUGCAGGCAACUCUCUGUCAAAUGGUGAAGUCAAAUUAUCGAAUGGUAUGAGCAUCAUUGAUGCCAGUGCCAGGCAAACUGGAAAUGAUGCCACUAGAAGAAGAACUGUGCCUUCAUUGUUUGAGGAGGAUGUGGAAUUUGUUGGUGUGGAGUUAGAAGGUACGGAGAGGGCAAUGGAGCAAGCACUGAAAGAGGGGAUAGUCGGGGAAGCUGGGCCUUUGAAGAGGAAUCUUUCCCCGAAGGCGCCAGAAAAGGAGAAGCACAAUGAGGAUGGGCCAGGGAUAUUUGAGUUUAAUGAUGCAAACUACUGGAGGGUUGACCAAGAGAUUGCAGUUGUUCAGGAGUGAGAGUCUGCCUUAUUGAAGCCAAUGACCUCUUUGGUCAUUAAUGGUGGUGGCAAUUGAAUGUCUGGCAUAUGUUAUAUGUACAGUAAUCGGUGAUUGAAUGUUUAGCAUAUGUUAAUUUACCGUAAUCUUUCCUAUCAGUGAUUGGAUUUUAGGUUGGUAUGGUUAUUAUCCUUAUUGCUCUGUUGUUAUUCA